CACAUCAUUCAGUGGCGAAUGCUGCACGGAGUUAUGUACCUCGCGCUGCCUUGCCCUCUGAACUGCCUGCCGUCAUGGAUUGCAAACCGCGCGCGAAACCAAUACUACUUUUUAUUUUACUGUUCAUCUUGUCGUUUAUUCGCUCAGCACUUCUGACCAUCCACCCGUCCAAUGAAGUGAACCUGUUGGACUCCAAAGCCAGCCAGGGGGAGCUGGGAUGGAUAUCCUACCCAUCGCAUGGGUGGGAGGAGAUCAGCGGAGUAGACGAGCACUACACUCCCAUCAGGACCUUCCAGGUGUGUAACGUGAUGGAGUACAGUCAGAACAACUGGCUGAGGACCAACUGGAUCCCCCGCCAGUCGGCCCAGAAGAUCUACGUGGAGCUAAAGUUCACCCUGAGAGACUGUAACUCCAUCCCCCUGGUCCUGGGGACCUGCAAGGAGACCUUCAACCUGCUGUACAUGGAGACAGAUGAGGACCAGGGCAGUCACUUCAGAGAACACCAGUUCUCUAAGAUCGACACCAUCGCUGCAGACGAGAGCUUCACCCAGAUGGACCUGGGGGACCGCAUCCUGAAGCUCAACACGGAGGUCCGGGAGGUGGGGCCUGUUACCAAGAAGGGCUUCUACCUGGCGUUCCAGGACGUGGGGGCGUGUGUGGCGCUGGUGUCAGUCAGGGUCUACUUUAAGAAGUGCCCAUUCAUUGUGAGGAACUUGGCCUCCUUCCCUGACACGGUGCCCAUGGACUCUCAGUCAUUGGUGGAGGUGAAGGGCUCGUGUGUCAAUCACUCCAAGGAGGAGGAGCCACCGCGUAUGUACUGUAGUACAGAGGGGGAGUGGCUAGUGCCCAUAGGGAAGUGUCUGUGUAACGUUGGCUAUGAGGACAGAGGGAGCUCCUGCCAAGCAUGCAGAGCAGGGUUCUAUAAGUCUCUGCUGGGUAACGUCCAGUGUUCUAAGUGUCCACCUCACAGCUUCACCCAUCAUGAGGGAGCGUUACACUGUGGCUGCGAGAAAAACUACUUCCGCGCUGAUGGAGACCCGCCAUCUAUGGCCUGCACACGUCCUCCCUCCGCUCCUCGUAACGUGAUCUCAGUCAUCAAUGAGACCUCAGUGAUUCUGGACUGGUCCUGGCCGGAGGACACGGGAGGUCGUAAGGACGUUACCUUCACCGUGCUGUGUAAGCGCUGCAGGCCUGGCCAGAGGGUGUGUGAGGCGUGUCGCAGUAAUGUGCGGUUCCUCCCCCGUGCUGCAGGCCUGCAGAACACUACCGUAACCGUGGGAGACCUGCUGGCUCACACCAACUACACCUUUGAGAUCGAUGCUCAAAAUGGAGUGUCCCAGUUAGCCCCAACCAUGAGGCAAUAUGCUGCUGUGACCAUCACUACCAACCAAGCAGCCCCUUCUCCAGUGACUGUAAUCAGGAAGGAUCGUACGUCUCGUAACAGCAUUUCUCUGUCCUGGCUGGAACCAGAGAGACCCAACGGCAUCAUACUGGACUACGAGGUCAAAUACUACCAGAAGCAGGAGCAGGAGACCAGCUACACCAUCCUGCGCUCUAAGGGUUGUAACGUGACGUUGGGCGGUCUAAAGGCAGACACCGCCUACCUGCUCCAGAUCAGGGCCAGGACUGCAGCAGGCUACGGAGCCAGCAGCAGGAGCUUUGAGUUUGAGACAAGCCCUGACUCGUUCUCUAUCUCCAGUGAGAGUAGUCAGGUGGUGUUGAUAGCCAUCUCUUCCUCGGUAGCCAUUAUCUUGCUCACCGUCCUCCUCUACGUGGUGAUUGGCAGGUUCUGUGGCUACAGCAAGUCUAAACAGCCUGACGAAAAGAGACUGCACUUUGGCAACGGUCACCUGCGUCUGCCAGGAAUAAGGACCUACGUAGACCCUCACACCUAUGAAGACCCCAGUCAAGCCGUCCAUGAGUUUGCCAAGGAGCUGGAUGCUUCCUGUAUCGCCAUCGACAAGGUGGUGGGAGCAGGUGAGUUUGGGGAGGUGUGCAGCGGUCGUCUGCGUCUGCCCAGUAAGAAGGAGAUCUGUGUGGCAAUCAAGACGCUGAAGGCAGGAUACACCGACAAACAGAGGCGGGACUUCCUGUCCGAGGCGUCAAUCAUGGGACAGUUUGACCAUCCAAACAUCAUCAGGCUGGAGGGAGUGGUCACCAAGAGUAAACCUGUGAUGAUAGUGACUGAAUACAUGGAGAAUGGAUCCUUGGACAGCUUUCUGAAAAAACAUGAUGCCCAGUUUACUGGUAUCCAGUUGGUGGGCAUGCUGCGUGGCAUCGCGUCGGGCAUGAGGUACCUGUCUGACAUGGGUUACGUCCACAGAGACCUGGCCGCUCGUAAUAUCCUGGUGAACAGCAACCUGGUGUGUAAGGUGUCUGACUUCGGCCUGUCCAGAGUCCUGGAGGACGACCCCGAGGCUGCUUACACCACACGGGGAGGUAAGAUCCCUAUCAGGUGGACAGCUCCAGAGGCCAUCUCCUACAGGAAGUUCACCUCGGCCAGCGAUGCCUGGAGCUACGGUAUCGUGCUCUGGGAAGUGAUGUCAUACGGGGAGCGGCCUUACUGGGAGAUGUCCAAUCAGGACGUGAUCAAAGCGGUGGAUGAGGGCUACAGACUGCCUCCUCCUAUGGACUGUCCUGCAGCUCUGUACCAGCUGAUGUUGGACUGCUGGCAGAAGGAGAGGAACAACAGACCCAAGUUUGAACAGAUCGUCAGCAUCCUGGAUAAACUCAUACGCAACCCUGGGAGCCUGAAGAUCACAGCCAACACCUCAUCCAGGCCAGCCAACCUGCUUCUGGACAGGAGAAGUUCUGAGGUGGUUCCAUCGUUGGACACCAUGGGGGAUUGGCUGGACAGCGUGAGGACUCUGCCCUGUAAGGAGGCCUUCUCUGGGGUCAGCUACAGCUCCUGUGACACCCUGCCCAAGACCUCCGCAGAGGACCUAAAGAAGGUUGGUGUGACUAUCGUCGGCCCUCAGAAGAACAUUGUGAGCAGCAUCAAAGCACUAGAGAUCCACAGUAAGAAUGGCCCUGUCCCAGUCUAACCCAACCAAGCCACUAGAGAUCCACAGAUUGGCUGACUGGCUGCCCUCUGGCCCCCGUUCCAUUCUGAAUGAAGCCCUUCUGUGCCCUGUUGCAUUCUAAAUUAAGAACCUCUGGGCCCCGUUCCAAUCUGAAUGAAGCCAUUCUGGGCCCCGUUCCAUUCUGAAUGAAGCCCGUCUGGCCCCCGUUCCAAUCUGAAUGAAGCCCUUCUGUGCCCUGUUGCAUUCUAAAUUAAGCCCGUCUGGGCCCCGUUCCAUUCUGAAUUAAGCCCUUCUGGGCCCUGUUCCAUUCUGAAUGAAGCCCGUCUGGGCCCCGUUCCAUUCUGAAUUAAGCCCUUCUGUGCCCCGUUGCAUUCUAAAUUAAGAACCUCUGGACCCCGUUCCAUUCUGAAUGAAGCCCCUCUGGGCCCCGUUCCAUUCUGAAUGAAGCCCCUCUGGGCCCCGUUCCAUUCUGAAUGAAGCCCUUCUGUGCCCCGUUGCAUUCUAAAUUAAGAACCUCUGGACCCCGUUCCAUUCUGAAUGAAGCCCCUCUGGGCCCCGUUCCAUUCUGAAUGAAGCCCCUCUGGGCCCCGUUCCAUUCUGAAUGAAGCCCCUCUGGGCCCCGUUCCAUUCUGAAUUAAAGCGUCUCCUUUUCAGUUCCUCCCUCCACUCCAGGGAGACCUCUGUGGACGUUUCAAUUACGUUCAUUCCACGAGGGAGCCCUCCCCUUUCGAGGUAUAGUGAUAGGGAAUGAAGGAGGGGAGAGGACGGCUCGUAGUACUUUGGAUUAGAACAGCCCUCUGAUCUCUGUAACAUACAGGAGGAAGUCCCAAACUAAAGGAGGAAGUAGACAUUAGAAAAGUGGUGCAGCGGAGGACAACAGCUCUGAAGUUUGAUGAUGUCACCAUGAUAUCAUGCCCUUACCCUGAAUCCAGGGCAAGCAGUCAGACCGACAGACAGACCAACCCUUCGACACUCCGCACCAUUGCUGAGAUGCCUUACUGAGAACACAGGAAAGGGGGAGAUAACCUGGCCUUGGACCUUAAGGGCAUGAGGAUAAAGGGCUGGAGCUGGGAUUGGAGAACCUGGGACAGCAGGGCCCUGUGUGUGACUUAUCGUGGAAAGGGGCUUGUUGAGAACUGAACCAGUCGUGAUCUGAUCCUGUGGAUUUGACUGACAGUUUUUAAGCUCUGGAGAGGAAAACUUUAAAUGCUUUGAGUAGAACAACGCAGACAGCAGCAGCAACAAUCCACAUCAACCUGGAGCAGACAAAGCAGACCAGGAGACUCCCACCACUGAAGACCCCACUCUCUCUCACAGAGAAGGACUGAUACCACUCUGUGUGUCGUGUGUGUGUGUGUGUGUGUGUGUGUGUGUGUGUGUGUGUGUGUGUGUGUGU